AUGGUUGUCCAUAACCCCAACAACUGGCACUGGGUUGACAAGAACUGCAUCGAAUGGGCCAAACGGUACUUUGAACAAACGCUAGUUGGCCUGGCCACGGGCGACGCCUCUGACCCGGUCUAUGCAACGAUUUCGAAAAUAAACAGCAUCGAGGGGGACUGCGAGGUCAACCAGAGAAAGGGCAAAGUAAUCUCGCUAUUCGAUUUGAGAAUUGCAUUAUCCAUCAGUGGGCACGUCAAAAGUGAUCAGAAUACCGAUGCGUGCGCCAAGGGCGAAACCGACUGGGAAGGCUCCAUUAGCGUCCCGGAAGUGGCAUUCGAUUCCACACCGGCAGACUACCAGUUCGAAGUUUCCAUCUACAAGGAGACGUCCCGCCUGAGCUGCGUGAAGCCCGUUAUCCGCGAGAAACUCUUGCCAAGACUGCGCGAUACCUUCGCCAACUUUGGAAAUGAACUGUUGGCGGCCCACGGCAAUGACAUCCAGGUGCCUGAGGACCAAGUUGAAUCCCAGUUCACCAAAGCGAACCAGAAAUCCUCUUUCCAGGGCGUUGCCUGCGGCAACGCCCCUGCGUCCGCUAAAACACCUGACCGCGGCAAGCUGCCCGCCGCCGCCGCCGCGGCGGCGGUACCCGCCAGCACCGCCAGCGCGCCCACGUCCGUCCGCAACACCACCACCAUCCACCUGGAACCCACCUUCAACGUGGCCGCCCACGACCUGUACAACACCCUGCUGGACAAACAGCGCAUACCCGCCUGGACCCGCUCCCCCGUGCACCACCAGACCAACUCCCCAAACCCGCUGUUGGCCGUGGGUGACGCCAUCCAGCUCUUUGGCGGAAACGUCACCGCCAUCCUGAAACACGCCGAACCCCCUAAAACGCUGGUCUUCGACUGGCGGCUCAAGGACUGGGACCCUGCCCAAAUGAGCUCCAUGCACAUCGAUUUCCACGAAAGCAGAGAAUUCCACGAAACCAAGAUGGUCGUGUCCUGGCGCGGCAUCCCGAUCGGCGAAGAAGACAAGGCAAGAGCCAACUUCGAAGAAUUCUACGUAAGAUCCAUCAAGCUGACCUUCGGCUUCGGUUCUGUUCUGUAG